ACCAAAUAAUCAAAUCAUUCCUUUUCCUCUUUUCGCUAGUUACUAUCCCAGAUAAGAAACAAUUUAUUUAUUUCUAUGAUGAUUUUUAAAUAACUUAGUUUUGCACUUGACAAAAUAUUUUUGGUGUAUAUUUCUCCAAAAAAACUUUGUCGUACGUUAUGUCUUUUAUGAAACAGUUGUGUUUUUUAAGUUUGGUUUCAUUGUACAAAAUUAAUUGUGAUGAAUUACCAAACUUUGUAUUCAUCCUUACUGAUGAUCAAGAUAUUGCGUUAGGUGGAAUGUUUCCGAUGAAAAAAACUCAUUCUUUUCUUGCAACUUACGGAGCUGAAUUCACGAAUAUGUUUGUUACAACACCACUGUGUUGUCCAAGUCGAGCUAGCAUUUUAACUGGAAAGUAUGCACACAAUCAUGGAGUAAGAAAUAAUUCCUUGCAUGGAAAUUGCAACUCUAAAGCAUGGCAAAAAACUCACGAGCAAAAAUCAUUUAUAACUCAAUUUAAAAAACAUGGAUAUUCUACAUUUUACGCUGGAAAAUAUUUAAACCAAUAUGGUACUGCCGCAUCUGGUGGUGUGAAGCACAUUCCUCCAGGAUGGGAUCAGUGGGUAGCUUUGGUUGGAAAUUCAUGUUAUUACAAUUACUCCCUUUCUGUUAAUGGAGAAGAAAAAACUCAUGGCUCUAAACCUGAGCAAGAUUAUUUAACCAAUGUUGUGUUUGAAGAAGGACUGAAAUUUUUACAUAUUCAAAAUGGGACAUCACCCUUUUUCAUGUUUCUAUCACCUCCUGCUCCGCAUGCUCCUUUUACACCAUUUCCUCCCUAUAAAAAUAAGUUUUCUUCUUUCAAGGCACCAAGAACACCUAAUUUUGCUAUUCCAGGUGGACAGAAAAAACAUUGGUUGAUUCAGCAGCCACCUACACCUCUGCCAAAAACUGUAAUUGAUAGCAUUGAUGAUGUUUUUCAAAACAGGUGGAGAACUUUACUCUCAGUCGACGAUUAUAUCAUUGAUAUCCUUCAGCUUUUAGAAAAUAAAAAUAUGUCAGAAAAUACUUACAUAAUCUUUUCAUCUGAUAAUGGAUUUCACUUAGGCCAGUUUUCCUUGCCAUGGGACAAAAGGCAGUUAUAUGACUUUGAUAUUAGAGUUCCUCUUUUUGUGUCAGGUCCUGGAAUUAAACAGGGAAUUAAAAUUGAUUAUCCAGUACUUAAUAUAGAUCUGGCACCAACAUUUCUAGACCUUGCAAAUAUCCCAUUGCCGAAGGAUUUUGAUGGAGAAUCUUUUGCACCUCUUUUAAGGAACCAAAACCGUAAAGUCAAUAACCGUCAAUCUUUCAUUAUUGAACAUCAAGGAGAAUAUAGUGAAAAGUCUGUUCCAGGCUGUCCUCAAUAUCAAAGUGGAGAAGUCCAUACUUGUGAAAUUGAUUGCAUUUGUGAAGAUUCUAGGAAUAAUACUUUUUCAUGCCUCAGACAUUUGACGAAAUCGAAAAAUUUUAUUUUAUGCAUUUUCAAGGAUGAUCUGAAUUUUGGAGAAGCCUACAAUAUUCUUGAUGAUCCAUUUCAACUGAAGAACAUAUAUUUUAGCUUAAAUAAAAGUUCAAUUUUUAAUGAACUAAAGACUAUACUGAAAUUUUAAUGAUUCAAAUAACGUUGAAAGAUUUUUUAUUAGUAUUUUGAGGAUGUUUAAGUGUUUCACAUUAAAAGGAAAACUUAGGUGUUUAUUAACACUUAUUUUUAUACUUGCAUAAAACUUAAGCAUGACCUGUUUGCUUUCUCUUUUAUUUUGUAAGAAUUGUAUUAUUUAUCAAGCAAAGAGUCUGAACAUAUCCCAAAUUUUUUAUGUUUUUAUUUACCUGUUAAAAAAA